UGGGGCGCUAAAAGAUUUGUUCCCAUGGGAAUGGGUAAAUAAGAAAAUGAAUGAAGCAGUAAUCAUUACUUAAUGCGCCAUACCAGAGAGUAAGUUUUAAAUUUCAACGGAUUAAAUACACUGUUGAUGAAGACGUUCAUGGAGACCGUGAGUCCCAUUUGAUACUGUGCUAUGCCAUUGACAGUCGACUAUACAAUUAUUUGGAUGACACAAGAUGAACCAGCUACACAAUUUACUAAACGACUGUCUCAUCGAUACAAAACAUGUGGAAAGUGCAGCUGUUAUUAGUUUGAAAGGUGCAGCUGUGUUGGCGACCUCUGCCCGGUUUAAUAUACAGCCACAACAGGCCCACAUGUUUGCAGAAGCAUUCAAACGCACUGCAGUUAUCCGGGAAGAGGGUUUCUACUUUCAGGAUAAAAACUACUCCUGUGUCAGAGCUGACAAAAACUCAAUCUACUCCAAAUGCAAUGGCAAGGGACUGGUAAUGGUUAAAACGGGAUCCUAUAUACUGGUUGCUACGUACAACGAGGGCAUGUAUCCGAGUGUUUGUGUGGAAGCUGUGGAAAAACUAGCUGAAUAUUUACGAGAGAAGGGAAAAUGAAGAAAAAAGAAAACGAGAAGAUUAAUAAUACACUUGCCAAUACUAAUUUGUAAAAAGUUAACUUUGGAAUGUGUUAUCAAUUAACAUUCAUUAAAAACACUUAAUUAAA